AUGGCAUUGGCAAUCAAUUUGAAACACCAAACACAAGUGUCGGUCCGUCCACAAUCCGCGUGUGGGCCACACUCUACCGUGUUGCCAAGAAAAUCCAGUUUGUACAAACAGUCAGCGAUAGUUGCAGCACAUCUUCGGACCAACAAAUUCCAUCGCUUGCUUGUUUGUAAUUUUACUCCUGAAGCCCAUCAUUGGCAGUCGUCCACUCUGCUAGAAGGUUCCAUACACCACUGGAUCAUUAUGCCGAGUAAAGAAGAACUACGCGAGUUGUUGAGCGAUUUGGACAAAAAUGGUGACGGCAAAAUCGGAGUUAAGGAAUUAAAGGAACUCAUGGAGUCUUGCGGUGAUAAAAUAGACAGGGCAACUGUGGAACAAUUCAUUGAGGAUUAUGAUUUGGACAAAGAUGGAAAACUUGAUUUAAAUGAGCUUGUAAACUCUCUGGCUGACUCUUAGAAAGGAGCUGACUUGUUUUCAGCCCAGACACCUUUUAUAUAUAAAAUAAAUGUAAAGUUCAAACAUCCGUGUUCUGAAAGUAUCUUCUGACAACCAGUCUCGAAGCAGAAUAGCUCUACCUAGCUGGUGAGCUCCCAAGCGAUCAGUUGAAUGUGUUGAUUGGUAAACUCGUGAACUGGAUAGUGUAAAACGGAAGCAAUGAUCUUUCGAUGGAGACCUGCAAUGUUUAUGUAUUAAUGUACAGUCGAAUUGAGAAUAAAA